AUUGUGAUUACUAUGCUGUUCACCGCCGCGAGGGGCCCCUCAAUGCAUCAGCGGUCAAACCAAAACAAGCUAAGGCUGAGGCUGUAUAAGAUUUGGCUCUUACGGGAGAUCUCGUAAGUUAUCCGACCUCAUAGCACGCACCCACUGUUCACAGACCCUCUGCACUCCUCAAACCAUGUCUACCAUCCUUCUUCAACUAGACUCGGAUCUGGGCUGCAUAUUCAUUGGUGUAAUGUUCUCCGCGAUGUUCUACGGGGCCACAUGCGCUCAAACCAUGUACUACAGUUGGCAUUACCUGCAACACGAUAAAGUCUAUCAAAUAUCUCACACACCGGACCUUGAAGGAUGCUUGACACUGUCAUCACUUUUUCAGAUAUUCAUAACCUAUGGUAUUAUGCUAUUCAAGGACGCGCCGAUUUGUCUGACCUCAUCUUCGCUCCAAGAGUCUGGGCCGUAAGUAGCAUGUAUCACCAGCCUUAGCCCGAGAUCCACUCAUCUGGUCGUUGCUCAUCGCAGCUCGAAUAUACAACUACAGCCGUCACCAUCUGCAUUGU